GCCGUAAGGAUGGGAUCCCCUUACGACGAUUUUGACAAGUGCCGUUCUGGUUGGCCGAUCCAACCUGGAUGUGAUCAGUUGAUCGGAUUCGCAAUUUAUACGGCUCUUUCAAUUUUGAAUCUUAUGCUCGCUUGUGUGCCAAGGGGAAUAUCAUAUCAAAGAGUUGGUAAUCUCCCGCUGAACUUUUUUGUGGCUAUUAUCUGCAAAUUUAUACUUAUUGCUGUUGCAAUAUCGUUCAUAUUUUAUUCUUUCUAUGUGCAUAAAUACAGUCACACAUUGAUGGCUUUUUCUAUCUCGAGAGUGAUUUUCUGGGUGGUAAACCUCUGCACUCUCAUCAAGUGGCGUGAUCUCCCCCAUCUUCCGCUACCGCUAGCCUUAGCUUAUUCUUUGGCUGUUUGUUUCGAUCUAUUACCGUUCUUUGCAUGGAGUCAGUAUUUCACAUCCAGGACAUUUAAAAAUGGACAGUUCGUGUUUUAUAUGAUGGACUUUGUUCCUACAGUGAUUGUGUUCAUCUCAACGAUGUGCUUGUCAACUUUGCGAAGUGAAUCGCACUCGACAUGGUCCAACUUUUCACGGAAGAUUACGUUGAUUCUACCAUACGUUUGGCCGAAAAAAAGCUUGACGUUGCAAUUACGGGUAGCCUUCUGUUUGUUCCUACUAUUAUUUGGACGUCUGAUUAAUGUGGCUCUUCCUUUGUAUAGCAAGUGGAUUGUGGAUGAACUCGCGCAGCCGGAAACGUUCCAUUACUCUCUCAUUUAUAUUUCUGCCCUACUGAAAUUUUUGCAAGGAAAUGGAGCCAUGGGAGGGUUCCUGAACACUAUGCGAUCUUAUCUAUGGAUUCCUAUACAGCAGUACACUACAAGGGAGUUGGAGGUAGAAUUGUUCGCGCAUCUACAUUCUUUGUCGCUGCGAUGGCAUCUUUCUCGAAAAACGGGACUCGUUCUUCGUGUCAUGGACAGAGGCACCAGUUCUGUGAAUAGUAUUCUUAAUUAUAUAUUAUUCAACAUUGUGCCAACAAUCGCUGAUAUUGUUAUCGCUGUGGUGUUUUUCUUUUCUACAUUCAAUUUCUAUUUCGGCGGCAUAGUACUUGUGACGAUGAUAGUUUACUUAGUGAUGACGAUUUAUGUUACGGAAUGGCGUACCAAGUUCCGACGGGACAUGAAUGAGAAAGAGAAUGCUAGCAGUGCAAUCGCCACAGAUUCACUAUUAAAUUACGAGACGGUGAAGUACUACGGUAAUGAGAUGUACGAGGUUGAUCGUUUUCGGCUCGCUAUUGAAAGGUUUGUUCUUGCAAUACAUUUCUUCGAACGUCUUUAUUGGUUAUGUCACAGUUUUCAAUUGGCUGAAUGGCGUUCGAAUGCGUCCCUGGCACUUCUGAACUUUCUCCAAAACGGCACAAUCGGGAUAGGAAUGACGGCUGGUUCAGUGCUCGUGGCUUACCUUGUAGUUGUUGAUCACGAACUCACAGUUGGAGAUUAUGUUCUGUUUACCACUUACAUUCUUCAACUGUACUCUCCUUUGAACUUUUUUGGAACUGUUUACAGAACCAUUCAAAAGUCUUUCAUUGAUAUGGAAAAUAUGUUUGAUCUUAUGAACGAAGAGGCUGAUGUACGUGACUCCCCAAAUGCAGUAGAAUAUCAGCCAACCAACGGACAGAUUGUGGUAAAAGACCUUACUUUUGCAUACAAUGAGAACCGAGUUGUACUGAAUGACAUCUCUUUCGAAGUUGGCAGCGGACAGUCAAUUGCAUUUGUCGGUCCUUCGGGUGGUGGGAAAAGCACUUUGAUCCGUCUAUUAUUCCGUCUAUUCGAUUGUCCCGAAGGAUGUAUCUUCUUCGACGGGAAAGAUGUCCGACAUCUGAAAUUACGAUCACUGCGUCAGCAAAUUGGUAUUGUACCGCAAGAUACAGUACUUUUCAACGAUACCAUACGGUACAAUAUCCGUUUUGGCCGUCCGUCGGCUACAGAUGAGGAGGUUUAUGAGGCCGCAAAAGCCGCUAUGAUCCAUGAUAAGAUUAUGAGCCUCCCUGAAGGUUAUGAAACGAUGGUAGGCGAACGGGGAUUGAAGCUCUCCGGUGGUGAAAAGCAGCGGGUCGCGAUUGCACGGACUAUACUUAAGAAACCGCAGUUUAUAUUCUUGGAUGAGGCAACGUCGGCAUUGGAUACUAAUACGGAACGGGCAAUACAGCGAUGUUUGGAGGAGCUCUGUGCUAGUCGAACAGGCGUUGUCGUCGCCCAUCGGCUGAGUACUAUAGUAAACGUCGACUGUAUCAUGGUACUACAGAAUGGUCGGAUCGUAGAGCGGGGACGGUGA